AGUGUUCAUAGAAGACCUCAGCGGAGGCACAUUUCAGCUCUUUUGUUUUAACGCGCUGUUGGUGGUACAGGGAUUCCAAGCAUGAGAUCCCUCAGUUUAUUGCUACUUAGCGCCAGCUGCGCGCUAAUCCUUAGCAUUGCCUACGCCCAUCCGCCCCAAGGGGAGUGGAAGAAGAAAUUAACGUGGAAGGAGGAUUGGGUGCAAGUGUGGAAGACGGUGAAGAAAGAGGCAUGGGAAACGAAAUGGAAGAAGGUUUCGGUGCCAAUAUGGAAGGAAGUUCAGGUGCCCGUUUGGAAAGAGGAACAAGUGCCCGACUGGAAAAUCGUGAAGAAGCCAAAAAUUGAGGAACGGGAAGUGCCCGCCUGGAAAGACGUUAAGGUGGCCGAGUGGAAGAAGGUAACGAAACCCAUUUGGGUGCCCACCAAGGUGGCCGUUUGGAAGGAAAUCAAGGUGCCCGUCUGGAAGGAAAUCCAAGUGCCCUUCUGGAAGGAUAUCCAGGUGCCAGUGUGGAAGGAAGUACAGGUCGCUGACUGGAAGCAAAUGUUCGAGCCACAAUGGGUUAAAAUGGGCAUUCCUGGCGAAAAGUUCCUGGGCAAAGAUCACGAGGGCUGGGAGUACACCAGUCAUGAUCUGUGGCGCAAGAAGCUCGUGUGGAAGCCCGUGUGGAAGAAGGUCUGGCGCACCGAAAAGAAACAGGAGUGGCGCACCGAGAAGAAGGAGGAAUGGCGUACCGAAAAGGUGCAAGAAUGGAAAACGGAGAAGGUGCAAGAGUGGAAGCAGGACAAGAAACUGGAAUGGAAAGACGAAUGGGUGCAAGUGUGGAAGAACUCAAAGAAACAAAUCUGGAUCAAGGAGAAGCGCGAAACGUGGGUAGAGGAGAAGGUACAGAUCUGGCGCACCGAAAAGAAACAAGUCUGGGCCACCGAGAAGAAGCAGGCGUGGAAGGAUGAAUGGCAAUCAAAACAGGUGCCCGUCUGGAAGGAGGUCAAGGUGCAGGAAUGGAAGAAGGUAUGGAAGCCAGUGUGGGAAAAGGUCUGGGUGCCAAUUAGCCACCACGGACAUGGCUGGGACUAAUUAAUUGCUCCCUGAAAAGCCCAACAUAUCGCAGAACUAUGCGACAGCACUGAUAUAUCUGAUAACUGCCCCUGGCCACCAGUUGAUAACCCAAACCCAAAAUAAAUAAUUCUCAAUUUUAUUUUGGCUACAAUUGUUAAUACUUAUAUAAGUCUGCAUUGGUAUAUAUCAUUCAUUCCAAAACCAACAUACACCGAAUGCAUUUCGCUGACAAAUUUUUACCCAUUUUUCCAUUCCAUUCAUUUUCCCAAAAUUCCUCCUCUAUGUCUCUAUCUCUAUCUCUCACUCGUUCUAUAUCUUAAGUGUACAAAUUAGUCAUGCUCGCGUUUGUCUUGAAGUUAUUCAAAUUUAUUAAUUGGCCCUUUGGAUUUGCCACUGAAAUUCAACUUCAAUGAAGAAUGAAUCUCAAAAAUUAUAUAUUAAAAGAAGCAAAAAAUACAAUAAAAAAAA